GAGCACAACUUUGAUAAGUUUUGGGUAUACUAAAUAUAAAAUAUUAUCCAGUAGGUAGUGUGUUGCUUAUUAGCCCAAAAUGAAAUUAAUAUUUUCACUGUUAAUUUUAAAUAUUUUUGUGAUUUCAAUGAAUUGUUGGGUGGGUUAUAGUUUGUACAACCAGGAAGAAUUCAUUCAAAAUAAUAUAACAGAUGAUGUACAUUGUUUCACUACUUCAUCUGGCCUGAACUCUAUGAGUAAUGGAGAAAUUAAACCAUUUAAAAAUGAUUGCGGAUAUGGAACUUGUAAUGAAGAUCGUAGCAUUUCUUUCACUGGAUGUAGUGUAGCAGCUAUUGCACCACCAUGUUACAUUGGACCUGGAGAUUUAUCGAAACCAUUUCCAGAUUGCUGUUAUGAGAUUAUUUGUCCUCAAGACAUAUCCGAAAACAAAUUAUAAUUGUUGUUAUUGUUUUUCUUUUUAGUGAUUAACUUUGUACAACAAAUUCAAAACAAAUAAAAAUAAACUUAA